AUGGCACUUUCAGAGAUUAUUCGCUUUGUUCUCCCUUCUCACUGUAAUGCCGAUUUUGUCAAGCUCCGUCAAUACCUUUCUCUACACGGCGGAGUCAAAACCCAGUAUUUUGGGGCCAUGGUUGCACCUGCAAAUGCCGCCUUGCCAAUUAAAAAUCAUGAGAUGUGCUGGGUCAUUCGUACGGCUCAGCUGAAUGCGCUCACUGAAGUCCAAGACGCGAAAUCUCUGCUCUUCCAUUUCCAAGAGGGGCAGAUCUCAAACUUGACGAAAGCUUUAGAAGCUGAGAUCUGUGAAUUUGCAAUCAUAAACCUCCUCUCCAAUGCCCCGAAAGCAAAUACAGACUUCAAGGAUUCAAUGCACAAGACAUACACAGAUUGCUACCGUAUGGAUGGAUUCGUUGGUGGAGACUGGGGAUAUGCUCUGAAUACCAAUGACACGAAUGGAAUGUUGGUUGACGAGGCGAGUAAUCAGCGGGUGGAAGAGAAAGAAAGAAGGCUGGCAUGUUAUUACCUUGGUUGGGAGAGCAUUGAUGCUCACCAAGCUGCUAGCAAGACUGAUAUAUUUGAUGAGGAGAUGGUUAAAUUGGCACCUUGGAUUGGAGAGGGGAGUGGGGCGUGGUAUGUGAAAUUCGAAAAGCAUGCCUAGACGCUGCCAAUCAAACUAAUAUGGAUACCUCAUUCUUCCAAUCCUUUUGUGUGCUACAGUGUUUAGA